UUCACACAUGCGCAUCCUCUCGACGGCCGUGGCCACAGUCAUGGCGACGAUGGCGCCAUCGAUGGUUGCCCUUGCUGACGUGGACGUUGGGCUUUCGUUUGGCAUGUCCUGUAGUCAGUACCCGGCGUCGACUUCACGCGGCACGACCCUUCGCUUCGCCCGCACCGUGACAGAUUCAACUGCGUCCUUCAUGGCGUUUGUGUUCCAGAACUUUUCGCUUCCCCCCGGGGACUUUAUCUUGCUCCGUCCUCUGUCAUUGGCCAAUUCAUCAACGAUGCUACCCCCCAUCCGGUUGGACAGCAACACGUAUCACGGGUCGUUCCACGCGCCACCGCUCUCGACCACGUCCGUCUCCAUCGAGUUGUACACCAACCACAGCACCCCCAUCAUUUCCCCCCCUUCGUCCACAGCAAUCGAAUCGACGACCAAUGAUUGCCGGGGGAGCUUUACCGUCGUGGGCUACGACACGCACUUGGAGGGCGGCGGCGAGGAGAGCGUGUGUGGGACUGACGAAUCGUUUGAGGCUGCGUGUUUCAAUGACAUCAACCCCAUCCAUCGGGUCAUGUACCUUCGAAGUGGGGCAAUUGCCCGACUGGUCAUUCAACGCGGGGGGUUUCUCUACGGCUGCACGGGGUGGCUCGUCGGCAGUCAAGGGCACAUGCUCACCAACAACCAUUGCAUCCAAGACGCCACCGACGCUGCAAAUACGCGCGUGGAAUUCCUCGCGCAAACGACGCUCUGCCCAGAUUUUGUCAUGACCAGCGACACUUGCGACCGCCAAAUGGGGUGUCCCGGCGAAAUAUACGCGAGCACCACCAAGUUGUUUGUCACGACCAACGUAGACUUGGACUACACGCUCAUCCGCCUCGAUCCGAGUGUGGUGACGCGAUACGGCACUUUAAAACUGAGAUCAUUCGCCAGCGCUGUGGGCGAGCCAGUGUACUCUGUCACACAUCCGCUGGCGUGGGGGAAGCGCAUGCAGUACAAGAAAAACGGAUCGGUGGCAGUCGUGCAGGCCACGACCGGGUCGGAGCUGCAGUAUUUACUGGACACGCGCAAGAUGUCGUCGGGGUCGCCCAUUCUGUCGCUUCAGGAUCACUCCGUCGUCGCGCUGCACCACGCAGGGCUCGAAAACUGCCCCAAUUUUGGUGUCCGCAGCGAUCUUAUUGUCAACGACUUGCGCGCCAAGAAGCUCCUCCCCGUCAACUCGACCGUGGACUCGUGA